AUGCUGAACCGCCCCAUGAUAUUUGCAGUCACAAAGCAUCAAAGCUUUUUUCGCCCUACUCGACGAAUUCUACCGAUCCAAAGCGUUCAGCGAGCCACCACCUCGAUUUCGGGACCAACGGCGAGCCGAACGAAUGACAGUGUUUGGAAGCUUGAAAACAUCGAAGCAGCCUACUGGAACGAGUACAUUGCCACCCGCCCUAAGUGCGAUGCCACUGUCUUCGACCCGAUCUACAAUUACCAUGCUGCCGGUGUAACCCCUUUUCAAGACGUCCUCGAUACCGGUACUGGCGCUGGCUCUGCUCUUGGGCCAUUGAUCGAACGCUUCGAACGGGUCACUGCGAGCGACAAUGACGGCACUAUAUCAAAGGGAGAGGAGCUCAUCAACUACCACGCUCCUACUUCCUUCGACAUGAUAACGCGCGCUUUGGCUUUCCCUUUGCUCAAUACCGAGAAGGCACUCCGCUGCAUAUUCACGCUUCUGCGUCCCGGGGGAACCCUAGCUAUUUGGUAUUACGGACCGCUCUUUUUCGUCGAUCCAACACUCGCAGCAAAAGGCCAGCCAGCCCUGUAUACCGCAGUUGAUCAUGCUUUUGAGCCCGUCGUUGGCGGUUGCGCUACUCAGCAAAUGGCAAGCUGGAAACGUGCAGCUGACGGAAUGGCGAGCUGGCUGGACUACAUUACGUUUUCCAAGGACGAGUGGCAAGACGUUUGCCGCCAAAAGUGUACUUUUGGCGCACGGAAAUUCAGUCAACGAGAGACUAUUUGGGCUGCUUUCGUCGCGAACUCCAGCUAUGACAGUGUUGAAGGGCCGGGAGAGAAGAGCCUGAGUUAAGGCUCGGCCUAGGCCUACGUUUCUCAAGCGUUAGGUUGCAGUGUGAAAGAGCAGGAUAGAAGCAAGAUGCACUUACCUCCGCUUGCGCCUGUGAUGAUAUACACGGUCAUACUGAGAACUUUUGAU